AUGUUUCGUAAAACCCUAGAUGAGGCAAGAGCAGGAGAUCAGGUUGGUGCAUUAGUAAAAGGAUUAAGAAGAGAAGAUAUAAAAAGAGGAAUGGUAUUAGGGUGUCCUGGUUACCUAAAAUUAUAUAAAAAGUUUAUUGCUAAUGUAUAUAUACUAAAGGAAGAAGAAGGAGGAAGAAAAAAACCUUUUUUUAGUUAUUAUAGACCCCAAGCAUUUAUAAGAACAGGAGACAUGGCAUGUACAUUAAUAUUACCACAAGGAAAGGACAUGGGAAUGCCUGGAGAUAAUAUACAAUUAGAGGUUGAAUUAUUAAAUCCUUUAGCAUUACAUAUUGGAUUAAGAUUCACAUUAAGGGAAGGAGGAAGGACUGUAGCAUCAGGAGUUAUUACAGAUACUAUUUCCUAA